AGAGAUGUGAUCACCUUUGUGUGCACUGUGGUUAAUUUGACCUAAAUACACAUUUUCCAUCCGGUUAUUUAGCGCCACCCCUGUAGCCGUGGAUACAAGUAGCACGAGUAUAAAAAAUGUGUCUGUCAGAGGGCAUCAGGUAGAACUUCAUUCAGUUCAGUCGCAUUUACAUAAUAACAAACUUACAACAGCAGUUUCUUCCAGGCGCUUUAUAUUAUCUUGAAAACAGAAAUAAUGUUUUGCUGGUAAAUUAUUGGAGGUGUGUGAUGCAGCACCACCUGUUACAUGCAGCAGUGCAGACAAAGGUGUGAUAUCCGUGCAGAAACUUAUUACCACAAAGUUUCUGUUGUGGGAGGCUGGUUAUAAAAAGAGGCGUGUAGAGUGGGGGGGGUCACUGCAAGCCUGGAGCUUCUGUCCCACCAUGAUCUGCUGCAUCCUUUACGUCUUUCUGCAAAUCUCCCUCACAGGGGCUGCUGAGAGCAGCAUAGUCGGUGGCAGGGAGGCAAAGCCCCACUCCAGACCAUACAUGGUGUCAGUCCAGUAUGGAGGAGAACAUUCAUGUGGAGGGAUCCUUAUUCAGAGGGACUUUGUUCUGACUGCAGCUCACUAAAUGAGACCCGGGGUUCUUGCAGCGUGGUGCUCGGAGCACACGACAUCAGCAAGAAAGAGAGAACUCAGCAACGCAUCCAAGUAGCCAAGUACUACCCUCAUCCAGGAUUCACUAAACAAUACGAAUAUGACAUCAUGUUACUGAAGUUAAAAAAGAAAGCCAGACUCAGUAAGAACGUGAAGACCAUCGGCCUGCCUGAAGGAAAUGGGAAAACAUCAGCUAACAUGGAAUGUGCUGUGGCAGGCUGGGGAUGGACGACAGCUCAUGAUUGUCCCUCUAAUGUGUUAAAGGAAGCCACAGAGAACAUAGAGUCCACUUCUAACUGUGAAAACAUUUGGCAACAAUAUUUUAAUUCUGAUCACAUGAUUUGCACCAACUUUACCAAAAAGAGUGGAGGAGUCUGCCGGGGAGACUCCGGUGGACCACUUAUCUGCAAGAAGAAGCUUCAAGGUAUAACAGCUUACACCUCAUCAGAGGACUGUAGUGAUCUCAGGUACCCCCACGUGUUCACUAAAGUCAGUUUCUUCAUCCCCUGGAUCAAGGAAACAAUGAAAAAAUAAAGGAAUGUGCACCAAGAGUGUUUUUUUCAGGCAUUAGAGUUUUAACGUGGUUAAUGUGAAACGUCUGCAUGUUUGAAGAAAGAAAAAAGAAGAAGUUUCCUGAAUGACCGAGAGAAGUGAAACUGAGCAAAUGUUGUGUUGGUAAAACAAACAAAUCAUUUCUGUGUGCUUUAAUAUGAACUGUAGUUUUGUUUCACAGCUGAACUGAGGUGAAUUAAACUCGGUUCGCUUGUUAGUGACUGAAAAAUAAAGCUUGAAACAUU